AUGAGGAGCAAAAAGAGCCGUCAUAAACUGGUCGCUCUCAACUUUCUAUCCAAUAUUUCUCUUGAUGGGAGACAUGAACAUAAACCUAAUGGAAUUGGCUAUCACUCUUCUGUCCCGUACGUUUUCAGUGCUGGACAAAAUAGCACAAAAAUUUCUCCAGUCAACUCUUCUUAUGAGCAGCUAGUUAAUGAUACAUUUCAUGAAAUAUCUGAAGAAUCAGUACCAACCAAGUUUUCGCGAGUACCUGAAAGCAUCUUAAGUCCGGUGGGAUGUGCCCAGAAUUAUGCUUCAUGCAAUAGUUUUGUUGAUACGCAUCUACAAAGCAAUAGAUCUCAAACAUUUUCUAAGGUUUCUGUUUCAAAUGUUUCCUCUUUAUACGUUACAGAUGUACAACUGGGUAGUGAAAAACAAGAAAACCUCACCGAUAAACCAUCUUCGAGCAAACUGUCAGUCAUUACUGAUUCAUCUAAUCGAAUCACUGAAGUGGAACCUAAGACUAAUUUUAAAAUUAAGCUAUCUCAUGAAUCUGGUAAUAUCAGUUUGGAAGACAUAAAAGGACUGUGUAAAAUGAAUCCAAAAUCAAUGCAAACUAAUGCGUUAUCCAUAAUUUCUAAACGAAUGGCAUUAAGCCCGCUAGAUGCUAGUGGGAAACCAGUUACCUUGUUUUCAGUUUUACCAUAUCAUCGUAAAACAACAGGAUCUCACUUCAGAGUUGGACGUCGUCAUAUCCUUCCUCCCAGUUCCCACAAACUUUCUUCAGGUGUGCAACAGUUGCAGUCUCCCGCAAGUUCAGUCCGCCUGCCACAGACUUCUGUAUCCACCGGUGUUACACAUAUUAAAGAUCCUAACCCUCAAUCCAAUUUUGUUCUUAAUGUGUUAAGUCUUAGCUCUUUUCGGCCUGUUAAUGGCGAGACUAUUUCAUAUGCUCAUUUCAUUCAACCAAAUUGUCAAUUGUCAAAGAAUACUGUAAAAGUUGGGCAUCCGAUCGAUAUUCUACUAAAUUCAGGUUUCAGAUCGAAUUGUGAUUCGUUUACUCAUUUUCACGAAGCUUCUGCUAUACCUAACUCGAAUUAUUCUCGACGUAGCUUCUUGAGUAAUUCUACAGUAAUUCCUUCGUCUAAUACACAUUGGCAUCAUUCUACGACGUCAUUUCAUAGACAACGCAAUUCUAGUUCAAGCAGUACAAAUUGUUAUCCAGAUCCAUUGAUAAGUUAUAACCCAUUUCUUUUGGAUGAUCCGGAAUUAUUAGUUUCAACAGGGAAACGUGUAUUAAAACUUCCGAACUAUUUGACUAGUGUUUUGGGAUAUAUUCGACCGAAUGAGCGUAAGCGUGAAGUCAAUCGACAAUUCCAUGAAAGAUUUCCAUCAAUACAAAUAACAUUAACGAAAUUGCGUAGCAUAAAAUUAGUAUUGGUACAAAUUGCUCAACGCUUGUCCAUGGACCUAUGGAUUGUUGCACAUGCUCAUGUGCUUUUCGAGAAAUUAGUACUAAAGUUGUUUUUAACAAAAUUGAAUAGAAGAUUAUGUGCUUCAGCUUCACUCUUGAUCAGUGCGAAACUGAAUGAUGUAAAAGGUUCACAAUUAUAUGGUUUACUUCAAGAAUUGGAAACAGCUUUUCGUAUCUCACGUCGGGAUUUAAUCAACACAGAAUUAGAUGUUGCAUUGGGUUUAGAGUUUUCUCUAAUUCCAUCUGAAUAUGAAAUUCUACCACAUUAUCAAAGGUUAUAUAAAAGUCUGAAUUUAACUUUACCAUUUCUACCGGUUGUGCUAACCACGAAUAAUACUAUUGGUGUUAAUUCCUGUGUUGUUACAUCGAGUAAUAUAAAUAAUAAUAUUCAUGAUGAUGAUAAUAAUAAUGUUAAUAAUAACAAUGUUAAUUGUACAAUGAAUGCCGAAAAUCAACCAUGUCUUGUAUAUACUGCUUCAUCAAAUAUUUGCAGCACAUAA